UUCUAAUUCUAAGAGUUCCUUGGGUAUGGCGGCGGCUGUGCUGUUGAGGGUUUAUGGCGUUUCUGGGUUCGGAUGCUUAAAAUUGACGUAUCGUCGUCCCCGUGGUGUAUGCUGUCGAAAUAUUUCACAAGCCAAUCUUUACAAGAAGCCGAAAACUUUGGUGUUUAAUGGAACAUCAUUGCUAUAUAACCCUCUUACGUCAGCACGAUGCGUUUCAGCACGGCCGCCAACAACGGGUAAACCAUCUCCUGCAGACAAACCACCAGUUCGACAAUGUUUCCACCCAGGUACUGCAUCUCUUGCAAGGGAGGGGGAGCAGUUGGUCAAAGGUGGCCGGAAGAUCACUGCUGUAGAAAUGCUGAGUGCUAUGGGAGCGUACAUCUGGCCAAAGGAGGAUGCCGCUAUUCGCAAGCGAGUGCUUGUAGCGUUGGGCCUACUAGCUGGUGCCAAGCUGCUCAAUGUAUUUGUUCCCUUCACAUUCAAGUGGGCUGUGGAUGAACUAAAUGCCACAGCUGCUGAGCCUGCGCUGACUCUUGCAUCAGCAGAGAGUACCGUCCUCACAUAUGUCACUGCUCUCCUCAUUGGAUAUGGUAUUGCAAGGGCAGGAGCAGCUGGAUUCAGUGAAUUGCGUAAUGCUGUCUUUGCAAAAGUGGCCCAGCAUUCAAUACGCAAAUUGGCACGCAAUGUAUUCCUUCAUCUACAUCGUCUUGACCUUUCAUUCCACCUUAGCCGCCAGACAGGUGCAUUGUCAAAGACAAUAGACAGAGGUAGCCGUGGCAUCAAUUUUGUUCUCUCUGCCAUGGUGUUCAAUGUGGUUCCCACAGUAUUUGAGCUGGCCCUUGUGAGCACUAUACUGGGAUCUCGGUAUGGCUCCGAAUUUGCUGCUGUUUCCUUGGGCUGUGUUGCUACAUAUGCUGCUUUCACACUCGCAAUCACACAAUGGCGUACAAAGUUCCGUGUUCAGAUGAACAGGGCAGAGAAUGAAGCAGGAAACAAGGCUAUUGAUUCAUUAAUUAACUAUGAAACUGUUAAGUAUUUCAACAAUGAGCAGUAUGAGGCAGACAGAUAUGAUCGGGUACUGAAAGACUAUGAGCAAGCUUCGCUGAAGACAAGUACCAGUCUUGCUUUGCUUAAUUUUGGCCAAAAUGCUAUUUUUAGUGGUGCUUUAAGUCUUAUAAUGGUGAUGGCUGCCAAGCAAAUUGCUGCAGGGCAAAUGACUGUUGGUGACCUUGUAGUAGUGAAUGGUCUACUCUUUCAGUUGUCUGUGCCAUUGGGCUUCUUGGGAUCUGUAUACCGUGAAGUGCGCCAAGCUCUCAUAGACAUGCAGACAAUGUUCACUCUUAUGACAGUUGAUUCCAGUAUCAAGACAAAACCUGGGGCUCCAGUGUUGUCACUUACCCCAUCAACAGCAACUAUUGAUUUCAGAGAUGUACAUUUUUCGUAUGGACCUGGCAAAAGUGUUCUCAAUGGACUCUCAUUCUCCAUUCCUGCUGGUAGCAAAGUUGCUAUUGUUGGUGGUUCUGGUACUGGGAAGUCCUCUAUUGUAAGGUUGCUCUACAGAUUCUUUGAGCCACAAACUGGGCAGAUUUUGGUGGGAGGACAGGACAUCCGUGAUGUUGAUCUGGACAGUCUGCGAAAGUCCAUUGCUAUUGUACCACAGGACUCUGUGUUGUUUCAUGAUACAAUCAUGUACAAUGUUCAUUAUGGAAACCUCAACAAAUCAGAUGAAGAUGUUUACGCAGCAACAAGAUUAGCCGACUUGCAUGAUUCCAUCCAGCAGUGGCCACAGGGCUAUUGCACACAGGUUGGUGAGAGAGGGCUGAAACUGUCAGGUGGUGAAAAACAGCGGGUAGCCAUAGCGAGAGCUGUGCUGAAAGGUGCCCCAAUACUUGUUUUUGAUGAAGCCACAUCAUCACUUGACUCAAUCACUGAACAUAAUAUCCUUGAUGCCUUAAAACGUGCUACCAGUGGUCGCACCUCAAUCUGCAUUGCACACAGACUCUCUACAGUCAUGGACGCAGAUGAAAUCCUCGUUUUAAGUGGAGGCCGUGUUGUGGAACGUGGCACACACACCCAGCUUCUGUCGAGGGCAGGUUCACAUUAUGCUCGCAUGUGGGCUGUGCAACAAGACAAUGGACUGGGGACGGAGUUGCGGGCAAAAAUAGCAUCCAAGAACUAGAAGUGAAGUGUUGAAACUAAUGUGCCAACCUAAUGCAAUUUACAGGUGUGUGUGUGUGUGUGUGUGUGUGUGAGAGAGAGAGAGAGAGAGAGAGAGAGAGAGAGAGAGAGAGAGAGAAUCAAGUCUGUAUGAAAUGAGUAUAAAUUUUUGAUCAGUUAAAAUUUAGUGACGGUGGUCUGCGGAGAUACCUGCUAGCUGUAUCUGAGCAAUGUUCUAUUUUGUAACUAUUUCUUAUAUAAAUUAUUGUGUUGUCAGAUAUGGUUAAUUUUGUGAUGUGAAUGACAGAAAUAUACAGGUACAUGAAAUUUUUCAA